AUGAUGAUUGAUCGUGCAUACCCUGGAAUUGAUAGAAACAUUAAGGGUGAUCUUCUUGUUCAAGCUCACAUGUCUAACAACACUUUGAAGAAUCUGGUCAAGUAUCAUCCUAAUCAUCCAGAGCCUGAUCUAGUGAUUGAAAACUUUGGAUUGCUUAGAGAUGCAAACUAUGUGGAUCCUGAUCCGGAAAAUCAUCAGAAUUGGAGAAAUCAAGAGGAAAUGAAAGAGGCGUUGUAUGCUGUAGAAUUGAAAAUACUUCAGAGUUUCAAACCAACCAAGAACAAGUGGUAUGUAAAGGAGUCGGGGCGUAGACGUAGAUUUGCAACUCCUGUAGCUGAAGGUGAAGAAAUUCCUGAGAUGAAUGUUGAAAAUGAACAAGAGACGACUGGUGCUGAAAACAUUGUAAUUGAGACAUAUUUGUUUACAACAGAAGCGUAUUUUGUUGAUAAUGUUGUGGAAACAGGUACUUCUGAUGUUCAAAAAGAAAAAGAGAAGGAGUUAGAUGAUGUUGAAGGUGACGAUGUUGAAAAAGACACUACUAGUUCUUCUAGUUCGUCUGAUUAUGAAGUGAUUGAUGCAAAAGAACGUGAGAGACGAAUGAGAGAAGAAGUAGAACAAGAGAGGUUGAUUAGAAAGAGGAAGAGGGAAGAGAAAGAAGAUGCACCUUAUGAACCCUCUCCGGAGCAUAUCAAAGUGUCGAAGCGCCCUCAGAAGAUCAGGCAAACACACUCUACACCUCCACGUCAACCAACACCUCCACAAUCUCCAAUACGUCAAUCUCCUCCUAGACAACCAACACCACAACAAUCACCCAGACAACCUACUCCACAACGACAACCAUCUCCUCUGUUUCAAUCAACACCACCUCCACAUCAACCAUAUUAUUCUUUGCAAGAUCUCUUUGGCACACCUCCACUCACCCAAGCACAACCUGGUUCUUCAAGUAGAGGCCUUCCGAUACCGCAAGAUAAUCUGCUAGACGUUGAUUUCGAUUUUGCAAACAAUUCUCAAGUAUUGAAAUUGGAAAAGAGAAUUGAUGAUGUGAUGGCAGAAAAUAAAAAGUUGGCGGAUGAAUGCAAAAAGAUUGCUGAUAGAGAAAAGACUCUUGCUGGUAAGGUGCAGAGGUUGGAGGGUGAAAACAAAGUGUUGACACUGAAAAUUGAAGUUGAUCAGACAGAAAUCGACGUUCUGAAAGUUCGAGUGUCUGAAUUAGAAGAAGAGAAGAAUCGUUGA